AUAUGUGCUCGUCGUUUCCGCCCGAGCAAAUUUUCUGGUGCACCAGCACAAAAAUGGCGAAACACCUUCGCUUUAUUGCCCGGACGGUGAUGGUUCAGGAUGGAAACGUUGACGCUGCAUAUAAAGCUCUUAAUAGAGUGUUGUCGGUGGAUGGAAUCAUCGAAACCGUAAAGCGUGGACGUUACUACGAGAAGCCGUGCAGACGGAGACAGAGGGAGAACUACGAGAACUGCAAAAGGAUCUACAACAUGGAGAUGGCACGCAAGCUCUCCUUCGUCUCCAGGACAAACCGACAAGACCCGUGGCAGGGGUGUUGAACGGCUCUGAUUAAAGAUGGACACCACUUACAUACAGACUGCACAGUAGAAAAAAAAGGUGUAUCGAUUUGCAGUGUGGAAUUUACCGUCAAUCUACAGCGGCCGAUGCUUUUCACUGAACUAUUAAACAUCUCUGUAAAAUGAA